CACUGAGAGAGCGGAUUCUGGGGAAGGACAGCGAUCCGGCCGCCGUGUGCCCGACCGACAUGACCGGGGUCCAGCCCAUCGACUUACUCCUUCAGGCCGCCCAGUACCUAGAGCGCCGGGAGAGGGAAGCAGAGCAUGGAUACGCUUCCAUACCCCCCCGUCGCAGCGAGGGGUCAAACAGCAAACGGAGGAAGCGGGGCAGGAAGAGUGCGGGAAGCAGAUCGACCCACAACGAGAUGGAAAAGAACAGGCGUGCCCACCUCAGACUGUGCUUGGAACGGCUGAAGAACUUGGUGCCAAUCGGAGAUGACAACGCCAGACACACCACGCUGAGCUUACUCAUGAAAGCCAAGCUGCACAUCGAGACCCUAGAGGAGGUGAGCAGGAGGGCCCUUCAUCAAAUUGACCAACUCCAGCGACAGCAGAGACACUUGAAGAGGCAGCUGGAGCUGCUGAGCAGUGUGGAGAGGGCACGGGCACACAGUACCAGCUCCACCGUCUCCUCCGAGCCCUCCGAUUCCGAUCAAGAAGAUGUAGACGUGGACGUAGAGAGCACGGACGUGGACUGGAGCAGCAGCGGCGGCGAUGCCAACGUGAGUGACUCCGACGAACCACGCGGCCCACGCCAGCGAUGAUGGCUACUUCAGCAUAGGCCUCCGGAGGACCAAGAUGCUUUUGCAGAGAAGUCCCUGUGCCCUGACCACCACUCGUACGCCAAGUGAGGGGAGCAGGCCACCAUCUUGGGAUGAAGGCCAGGCCUCCCGUUCUGCGCUCAGCAGAAACGGGGGUGAAAGUGCGGCUCGGUGGGCCACCAGCGAACGUUGGUCCACACCGCGGACGGGAGAAACUCUUGCUGUGUACUACCUGAUGCGAGGUUCUGCUCUCCGGGAUCAUGGAAACCGCUCUGGGGGUGGUGGGGGGGCGGAAAAAGAAAGGCAAGAAGAGAAUUCGCUCGUGGCACCACCACUGAAUGUGACUCACAAUGCCAUCUGCUAGCGGUUUGAACCCCCCCCCCCAUGUUUUUUCUUCCUCCCUCCCCCCCAACUUUAAAACAAAAAGUGAGCGAGAGCGGCCGCACUUCUCUUCCCCACCGACCUCCAAAGGUGACCCUUUGUGAGGCCUACUUAUUACCAUCAGCCCUGGAGCAUUAAUAACUCACUGAAGGGCAAUGCCAAGAUGGCACCGCACCCCCCCAAAAAAAAAAUCCUCUCCAACAUAUCGCUGACCAUGUUUGUACACAUUCCACAGCAAACCGCCCCCCUCACAAUCUUGUUACAUUUGUAGUCUUCAUUUUUUAGACACCUCCCUGUUAUAGGAGGUAGAGGAACCAUACGCUGGCACAGGUACAAACUUCAAAUGGGUCGCAGUUUUUUACUUUUGAAAAGAAACUGCCUGGGGGAGGUUGUGAAUGUAAAUCACAAAGUCGCACCAAAUUUUUCUCCCUCCGUCACAAGCUGAAAUGGGCCCUGUUUAGGGCUGUUAAGGCCCCAGUUUGCACAGCUGGGCCUAGCGGGCAGGCUCUGCGUGAGAUCCCUCUCCCCGAAGCUGCCAGCCAGCAUACCGGGUGGGGUUUUUAUUUCCUUUUUUUGUUUUUGUUUUCUCUUUUCUUUGUUUUUGGUGUAAUUUUCCGUUCCCUCAGCAACUGAGCCGGGCACUUUUGGAAAAGCCGCGCCAUCUUCAGACCACCAAUUGUCGUUCAAUCCUGGCGCGUUUUGUGCCUUGUCCCUUCUGAGGAUUUUCACAUUGGUGGGCUUGCCAACGGAAAAGAGUGCCCAGGGCCGUUUGCCGCAUUCCUUUUGUUAAAAUUGUUUCGGGACGGUGCCCUGGUAUCGAAUCAUCUGAUCUACAGUUCUUCUUACCCUACCAUCAGUGCCAGUGGGGCUGGCAGCGUUCCCUGUAGCUGCCCAGUGCCUGUUUGGCUGUUUAAUAUUAAAUUUAUAAGUUUUUCUGCACUUUCUCCUCUGUCGCCCAGUCCCGUGCCCCACUCGCCACUCGGGUACCUCU